CGUACUUACACAUCACGUCGCCACAAAACUUGGUUCUCAGGCAGAUCGCUAAAAGGACAGCGCACGACUAUGCGUCGAUUUCUUUAUUGUGUGCUUCGGCAUGCCUACCACUGCCACCUUUAGAAAGCACUCAGGCUGGCGGUGUGGUGUUGCAUCGCGCCGACUCGGAAGACUGAUGUGUUCAUUUAAAAUAGUGAGUGAUUUUGUGUAGAUACGUGAAAAUGGAAGUGUCAAAAGCAUUCCAGGCAGAUAUUAGGCAUAUCCAGAAUCAGCUCAAGAUUGCUAUCCUGAAUCAUCAGGUGAUGGUGAAGAAGAAAAAUGAAGAUCCAACCAAUAUCCAUAUCCAGGUGCAACUCCGUGAUGCUCAGAGGCACAUCAUAUCUCUCGGUGAAAUACAGAAACAACUAAUUCAGCGACUAAGGAAAGAGUUAGAAGCAAAUUCAACAAACAGCACAUUGAACAACAAAAGCACUGUUAAAUGUGCUGAGAAAGAUAAUGAUAUUGAAAUCAUACAAACUAAUAACAGCAGUAGUUCCAGCGCUGGUGGGAUUGUUAGCACAGUAAACACAAAAAGCAGUAUUACCACAGUCUCCAAAGAUGCAAAUAAAACACAAAAUGGAAUUAUUUACAUUAGUGCAGUAGAUGGUUCAGGAAAUGGUUCUUCAGAUGAAGUAAGAUUAUCAGCAGCUUCCUCACCUUCUUCUUCCCCUUCUUCAAGUUCCUCAGAUGAUGAAAGAGAAAUACAAGAGUCUUUGGCUGCAGAAAUUUCUCAAGAGAAAAUAGCAUUUCUACAGGCUGUCGGACUCAUAACUCGUGAAAUUCUCUCAGACCUACAGAACCGCAGAGUCGAAAGAAAGCGUCGUAGCACUGCAAAUCAUACCCAGUUCGUAUAUGGAAGUCACUGGGAUGUUUCGAAACGGAAGAAGAAUGGUUAUCUCUUAUCCACAUCGCCACAAAUAAAAACAAAAAGGAAGCCUCAAGUACAUCAAAAGCAGCAACACCAAAAAGAUAAACAUCAAGUAUUGUUUGCUGAAAAUGAUAGAAUUGUUAUGCCUGUAACCUCUGCACUAGAAAAGAUGACACCAGUUUCUUCUUCAGUAUCGCAAUCUUCCGUAACUCGGCACACAGCUUCAGACAAGACUAAUGCAUCAGUGUAUCAGAUCACUCCUAAAGAAAUCUCAAGAUCGCUGCUACGUACUUCUGGGACAAACUUGCCAAAAACUUCGUUACGUCUCGCAAGUCUUCCAGCAUCUCUAACUAUAGAAAGAGUGAAUAGUCCACCCCAUGUUUGCAUCAUCUGUGGAUCUACUGGAAUGCUCUCUUCGUGUAAGAACUGCAGUGCAUACUUCCAUCCUUCCUGUUCAAAAGAAGCUUCAUGUUGUCCAAAGUGCAACACAGAUCAAGGCAGCAGCUACAUAGAAGCCAAGAAAGGAUCGAAUGAGCCACCAAACGGACUUAUUAUACAGCAAACGACAGUUCCACUGCAGGCUAGUUUCUCAGAACGUAGAGCCUUGAAAGAACGUUUAGCGCACGUUAACAGCAGACUAAAGUCAGAAAAAAACUUAAUGGAAAAAAGAGCUGCAGAAUUAACUAUAUCAUUGGAGGCCCAAGCAUCGCAAAAAAAAGUAAUCCUCCAGUCAGAAGAAGUUAUUCGAAACAAGAUACAAGUGAUCAAUAAUUUUAUAAGUGUAAUAAAGACAACUCGAUCAGUUGCAGCAAAAGACAAAAGUUAAUGAAGUGCAUCCACAGUUAUAACUUUUACAAUGUGCAAGGAUUUUCUGUGAUGACGCUGUAAUUUGUGUGAACAGUGAUGCAGUAAUCCAGUUUUUAUACUGGAUUUUCUCAGGAAAUGUGGAACAGAUUUCUCACUAUGUGAGAAGCAAGCAGAAAUAAUUGCACCAGUCGAUUCUUUUAGCAGAUUAAAAGAAUUAAUGGGACCACUUUUAAUUUUCAACACAUUUGUUGUGUUAACUUGCUUCUGUUUGUUUCUCUUAGUGUAUUAUUUGUAGUGUUAUUGUUAGUUACUUUUGCAUUUUUUCCUUUGGCCCUAAAAGACAUGAAUGGUUUAUAUAGCUUAAUGUUAUUUAUUAACUUUUUUGCUCAUUUGUUUAAAGUAAAAUAAAGAAAGUGACAGCUAUUGGGAAUGGAAAUACUCAAAGAUAACAAAAAUAAAUUUCCACAUAUUUCUUUUUUUGCAAUGGAAAUUAUUUUAUAAGCAAGACUGUAAAAGAUUCCUUUUUAUAAUAAACCUGCUUAGGUUACUUACAUACAUCUGAAUUAUGUGAUGACUAACAAAAUCUGCGAAAAUAAUAUGAGCAAUAAAUGUAUGUUUUGUAUAUAUCUGUAAUUCAGUGAAUCUGUAAAGGUUAUUUAUUGAGAAAUGUGAUAUUAACCUCAUUAAAUUACAGUGGGGGAAUGCACCAAUAUAAUGCUGCCUGCAUCAAACUGAAAAUCUGUAUUUUAAUUGCUGCUGUUAUUGUUAUGCUUACAGCCAGCUGAAUAAAGCAUAUUUAUCACUAGAAAAUGUGUCUAUGUAAAAGUUUCUCAGGAACUUAUUUACCCCUUUGAACUGGUUUGCUACAGGUUUAACUCAAGAAUAUUAUGUGUUAUCUGGACUGAAAUGUGCCAACAAG